AAUUGGAUCCUGAUCUUCUGCUUUUCGUCUAUAAACAAAACAUGGGAUUUCCCAUUCAACAAUCCCCAAAAAUAGAUCAACUGUUUCUCAUCUCUCAAAAACAAUGCCUGCAACUCUAAGUAAUCUCUUUCUUUCUCACAAUAUUUGCUCCUUCUCCUUCACCUUCUUUUUGUCAAUAAACUUUGUUUUCCUUCAUUCUUGUUAUUCUUCCAUUGACGAACAAGGCCAAGUUCUUUUAGCAUGGAAGAACAGUUUAAACAGCUCAGCAGAUGAACUCGCUUCAUGGAAUCCUUUAGACUCAACUCCAUGCAAAUGGGUUGGUGUUCAUUGCAACUCAAAUGGGAUGGUUACAGAGAUAAGCUUGAAAGCAGUGGAUUUGCAAGGUUCAUUGCCUUCAAAUUUUCAGUCACUUAAGUUCUUGAAGACUCUUGUUCUUUCUUCAGCUAAUCUCACUGGCAACAUUCCCAAAGAGUUUGGUGAAUAUCGUGAACUGAGUUUGAUUGAUCUUAGUGAUAAUUCUUUAUCAGGUGAAAUACCAGUAGAAAUAUGCAGACUAAAGAAACUGCAGAGUUUAUCUCUCAAUACAAAUUUUCUUGAAGGUGAAAUCCCUUCUGAUAUUGGCAAUCUCUCGGGCCUUGUGUAUUUGACUCUUUUCGACAAUCAAAUCUCCGGCGAGAUUCCGAAGAGCAUUGGGGCAUUAAGCAGACUAGAGAUUUUCAGAGCAGGUGGAAACAAAAAUCUCAAAGGUGAGUUGCCUCUGGAGAUUGGGAACUGCACCAACUUGGUUGUAUUAGGCCUCGCCGAAACCAGCAUUUCUGGGAGUUUACCUUCGUCAAUUGGAAAGUUGAAGAGAAUCCAAACUCUAGCUAUUUAUACAUCACUCCUAUCAGGUCCUAUUCCAGAAGAGAUUGGGGACUGCAGUGAGUUGCAGAACUUGUACCUGUAUCAGAAUUCUUUAUCUGGUUCGAUCCCCAAGCGAAUUGGGGAACUCACUAAGCUUCAGAGUCUGCUUCUAUGGCAGAACAGCUUAGUGGGUACAAUCCCAGAUGAGCUUGGAAGCUGCGCAGAGCUUACAGUCAUUGAUUUUUCAGUGAAUCUUCUGACUGGAACUAUACCAAGAAGUCUCGGAAACCUUUUGAAGUUGCAAGAGCUUCAGCUAAGUGUUAAUCAAUUAACAGGCACCAUUCCUGUUGAAAUCACAAAUUGUACAGCUCUCACUCAUCUUGAAGUAGAUAACAAUGCUAUUUCGGGUGAGAUUCCUGCUUCUAUUGGUAAUCUAAACAGCUUGACAUUAUUCUUCGCUUGGCAGAACAAUCUAACAGGAAACGUUCCGGAUUCUCUAUCAAAUUGUCAGAAUCUUCAGGCUGUUGAUCUCUCAUACAAUCAUCUUUUUGGUUCAAUACCGAAACAGAUUUUCGGGUUGCAGAAUCUAACCAAGCUACUGCUAAUUUCCAAUGACUUAUCUGGCUUCAUACCCCCUGAUAUAGGGAACUGCACCAAUCUGUACAGGUUGAGGUUAAGUAGGAACCGGCUCGCGGGUACUAUUCCAUCGGAGAUUGGAAAUUUGAAGAGUUUGAAUUUCAUUGACUUGAGCAACAAUCAUUUCAUUGGAGGAAUCCCUCCAUCCAUAUCUGGAUGCCAAAACCUCGAGUUUCUUGAUCUUCAUUCAAAUGGGAUUACUGGUUCUUUACCAGAUACUCUGCCUGAAAGCCUACAGUUUGUUGAUGUAUCAGACAAUAGGCUUGCAGGUCCACUGACUCAUAGCAUUGGGUUAUUGACUGAAUUAACCAAGCUUGUUUUGGCAAGGAAUCAGCUUUCCGGCCGAAUUCCAGCGGAGAUAUUGUCUUGCAGUAAACUGCAAUUGCUCAACCUUGGAGACAAUGGUUUUUCUGGAGAUAUCCCGAAAGAGCUUGGUCAAAUUCCAGCACUUGAAAUCUCUCUCAAUCUUAGCAGCAACCAGUUUUCUGGUGUGAUCCCAUCUGAAUUCUCUGGUCUUAGCAAGCUAGCAGUGCUUGACCUCUCCCACAACAAGCUCAAAGGGAAAUUAGAUGUUCUUGCAGACCUCCAAAACCUUGUUUCCCUUAAUGUCUCUUUCAAUGACUUCUCUGGUGAAUUGCCUAACACACCAUUUUUUCGAAAGCUCCCGCUUAGUGACCUUGCUUCAAAUCAAGGUCUCCACAUUUCUGGAACAGUAACACCUGUUGAUACCUUGGGACCUGCAAGCCAGACUAGAUCAGCAAUGAAGCUGCUGAUGUCAGUUCUUCUUAGUGCAAGUGCAGUUCUAGUUCUGCUGGCAAUCUACAUGUUAAUCCGUGUCCGAAUGGCUAACAAUGGGCUGAUGGAAGAUUAUAACUGGCAAAUGACUUUGUAUCAGAAGCUUGAUUUCUCAAUUGAGGACAUUGUUAGAAAUCUAACAUCAUCUAAUGUAAUAGGCACAGGAAGCUCAGGAGUUGUAUAUAAGGUGACAAUUCCAAAUGGGGAUACACUGGCAGUUAAGAAGAUGUGGUCAUCAGAAGAAUCAGGAGCAUUCAGUUCUGAAAUUCAGACACUUGGUUCAAUCAGACACCGUAACAUUGUCCGCCUUUUAGGCUGGGCUUCGAACCGGAAUCUGAAGCUUCUUUUCUAUGAUUACCUUCCAAAUGGAAGCUUGAGUUCACUCCUUCAUGGUGCUGCCAAAGGAGGAGCAGAAUGGGAAACUAGAUAUGAUAUAGUUUUGGGGGUUGCACAUGCUCUUGCAUACUUGCACCAUGACUGUGUUCCAGCUAUUCUUCAUGGAGAUGUUAAAGCCAUGAAUGUUCUUAUAGGACCAGGUUAUGAACCAUACCUAGCUGAUUUUGGCCUAGCAAGAGUUGUGAAUAGCAAUUUUACUGAUGAUGUAGCCAAACCAAGCCAAAGGCCUCACCUGGCUGGUUCCUAUGGAUACAUGGCUCCAGAGCAUGCAUCAAUGCAGAGGAUCAAUGAAAAAAGUGAUGUGUAUAGUUUCGGUGUGGUGCUUUUAGAGGUACUAACAGGAAGACACCCAUUAGACCCAACAUUGCCUGGUGGUGCACCAUUGGUUCAGUGGGUUAGGGACCACUUAGCAAGCAAGAAAGACCCAGUUGACAUUCUUGAUUCAAAGCUUAGAGGAAGGGCUGACCCUACAAUGCAUGAAAUGCUCCAAACACUAGCUGUCUCAUUUCUCUGCAUCAGCAACCGACCUGAUGAUCGUCCAACAAUGAAGGAUGUUGCUGCAAUGCUAAAGGAGAUUAGGCACAUUGAUCCUAUAAGGCCAGACCCGGACAUGUCAAAGGGUGGAGGUAUGACAGCAAUCCGAUCAUCGCCUUCCCCUGCGGCUGGGAUUGUAGUUUCACAAGGGUCUUCUAACUGCUCCUUUGCUUUCUCUGAUGAUGAGUCAAUUUAUCAUGGGUAAAAGGUGUCAAGAAUAGGUUAAAGCACACAGAGAUUUUGUACAUGUUCAAUGGGAGAAUCUCCUUGAAUGGGAGCUAUCACAGUAAUUUAGUUGCAAUUUUUACCAUAUGUGGUAGUUGUAUCAUAGAUUGUAGUAGCUAAUUUGCUGGUAAAUUUAGUAAAUGUCAGUAUGUUAAAAAAGAAAAGCAAAAGAGAGGUAAAAAGAAUAAGAGAAUUUUCAGAACCUUUGUCCAAAUGGUCCAUUGUUGUUUGAUAGCUCCAAUACUGAUGGGGGUAUUAUCUUGGGAGUAGGGCUAGCAACUGUCAUUUGAGGGUAAGAGAAUGACUGAAGAGGGCAUGUAGAAGCUGGAUCAAUGAUUGGUGGUUUUGGAUCUAUGUAAUUACAAUUUAAUGCAGCGAAUGUGAUUCUCUGUGUG